AUGGAAGCAGCUCGGGAAGACAAUGGACAACAGCCCGUCGUCGACAAUGAAGAGCCCAUGGUUGGGCCCGGCCCGGCGCCUCGUGCCCGGGCUAAACGUCCCCUGCAGUUUGAACAGGCUUAUCUCGACGCCCUCCCAUCCGCCAACAUGUAUGAGAAAAGUUAUAUGCAUCGCGAUGUGGUAACACAUGUGGCUGUGUCAGCAGCUGAUUUCUUCAUAUCUGGGAGUUCUGACGGACACUUAAAGUUUUGGAAGAAAAAGGGCGUUGGGAUAGAGUUUGCAAAACAUUUUAGGUCCCAUCUUGGUCCAAUUGAGGGUCUGGCAGUUAGUGUAGACGGGGCUCUUUGUUGUACGAUUUCUAAUGACCGCUCCGUGAAAAUAUAUGAUGUUUUUAACUAUGACAUGAUGGCCAUGAUACGCCUUCCAUUUGUUGCUGGUUGUGUUGAAUGGGUUUACAAACAAGGGGAUGUAAAGGCCAAAUUAGCUGUUAGCGACCGCAACUCUUCUGUAGUUAACAUAUAUGAUGCUCGAUCGGGUUCAAAUGAACCCAUGGCAUCUAGAGAGAUACACCUGGGCCCAAUAAAAUGUAUGAAAUACAACCACGAAUGCGACACUGUGAUUUCUGCAGAUGACAAAGGGAUUAUUGAGUACUGGAGACCUGCCUCACUCCAGUUCCCUGAAUCGGGAGUAACUUUUAAACUUAAAAGUGAUACGGAUCUUUUUGCAAUUGUGAAAAGCAAGACUACUGUUUCUACUAUUGAGGUUAGCCCAGACGGAAAGCAAUUUUCAAUCACAUCCCCUGAUCGUAGGAUACGUGUAUUUUGGUUUAGAACCGGAAAAUUGAGGCGUGUGUAUGAUGAAUCACUUGAGGUUGCCCAAGAUCUGCAAAGGAGUGAUGUUGCUCUAUACAGGCUUGAAGCUAUAGAUUUUGGGAGGCGAAUGGCGGUGGAGAAAGAAAUGGAAAAAACAGAAAAUGUACCUCAGCCUAAUGCCGUGUUUGAUGAAAGUGCUAACUUUCUCAUAUAUGGCACUCUUCUUGGAAUUAAAGUUGUGAAUCUGCAAACCAACAAAGUUGCAAGGAUUCUAGGGAAGGUGGAGAACAAUGAUAGAUUCUUAAGAAUUGCUUUGUACCAAGGUGACCGAAGUAGUAAAAAAGUAAGAAAAGUUCCGUCUGCUGCUGCAAAUGUCAAUGAAAGCAAAGAGCCUCUAAUAGAUCCUACUCUCUUGUGUUGUGCUUUCAAGAAGCAUCGAAUUUACUUAUUCAGUCGGAGGGAACCUGAGGAGCCGGAAGAUGCAGCUAAGGGCAGAGACGUAUUUAAUGAGAAACCUCCUGCAGAUGAACUUUUGGCCGUAUCAGAUAUUGGAAAAGCUGUAACAACAUCUCUCCCUGAUAAUGUGAUUUUGCAUACUACCAUGGGCGAUAUCCACAUGCGGCUGUAUCCUGAAGAAUGCCCGAGGACAGUGGAAAACUUCACAACACACUGCAAGAAUGGCUAUUACGAUAAUCUGAUCUUUCACCGGGUCAUCAAAGGUUUUAUGAUCCAGACUGGAGACCCUCUGGGAGAUGGUACAGGCGGGCAGUCCAUUUGGGGAAGAGAAUUCGAAGAUGAGUUCCAUAAAAGUUUGCGGCAUGACAGACCUUUCACAGUCUCAAUGGCUAAUGCUGGGCCCAACACCAACGGCUCCCAAUUCUUCAUUACGACUGUGGCCACUCCGUGGUUGGACAACAAGCACACUGUUUUCGGCAGAAUUGUUAAAGGGAUGGAUGUUGUACAGGGUAUAGAGAAAGUGAAGACAGACAAAGCAGACAAGCCGUACCAAGAUGUGAAAAUCCUUAACGUGACCAUCCCAAAGUGA